AUGAUUACAAUUCUGAAGAAUACUUUAAUAAUCUAUGUUGGUCUUUUGGGUCUGAGCACAAUCGGAUCCCUCUUCAUAUGUUUGGAUCAAGACUAUCAUCAACAGUGUCCAUCACAUGUGAUCACUGUUUUAUCAGAUCUGGCAGUCAUUCCAAUUGUAAAUGAAGCAAGAAUGAUGUUGAUUCCGAUGAUCAAAGAGUUGCCCCCUCAAUGGAUUACUGUAUUGAUUUGGAGUUCAUUAAUGAUGACAACAGCCUUAAUUAUAUCAAUCAUGUAUAUAACAGCGUAAAGAAUUUAAAUUAAUAUGUAGAAAGUUCACUUAUAAUGUCUUAAUGAAUUUAGUGAAAUUUAUUGUGAUAUUGAUGUUGAUAUCACUUGUCUAUGCCUGGUGGAUGAAUGCAUAAGAUAUUCCUUAAAAAUUACAAUAAUAUUUGAAGUACUUACAAUUAUUCUAAUAAUGA